UUCACUUUAUUAGUCAAGCCAUAGUCAUACUUUAGAAAGAGGAGCCCAAAACCCCCAGCAGAGUCCAAAAUCUCAACACCCGUUUUUCAUCAAUUUCUUCUUCCCGAUCGAGACCUCUCCUCCCCGAUUUGGCGAAUCCGAUAGAUUGAUUGUAGUUGAAGGAGAGGGAGAUGAGCGUGAUGGAUCGAGAAAGGAGAGCAAAUAAGUUGGUAGCAAACAAAAACAGUAUUUUAUACAUGGACCUCAAGGACAUCAUUAGGAACCAUGCCCUCCAGUUUCUACCUGCUAAAUCACUUUUCAGGUUCACUGGAGUUUGUAGGGACUGGAAGCUCGAUAUCACAACCCCUUUCUUUGCCCACAAGCAGUCAAAUAGCUUUCAUGAUAUCUCGGGCUUCUUUUGUCAAUCCGGAACAGCCCCACCUUCAUUCAUAUCUCUUGACCCCAAUGCGUAUGGUGUUCCAGAUCCACCUCUGAACUUCUUGCCUGAGCCGGUUGAGAUAAGGACUUCUUCCAAUGGAUUACUUUGCUGCCAGGGUCGUGAUGGCUAUAAGGCUUACUACAUUUGCAAUCCUGUUACUAGGAAGUGGAAAAAACUUCCCAAGCCAAACGCGGAUCACGGAUGUAACCCUGCUAUUGUUCUCAUCUUUGAACCGUCUUUGCUCAAUUUUGUGGCCGAGUACAAACUCGUAUGUGUUUUUCCAUCCGUUGAUUUUGACAAUGGAUAUGAGUUUGAGAUCUAUUCCUCCAGGGACGAGUCUUGGAGAGUUUCUGGUGAGAUUUACUUUGGCAAUCAUCCGCCUGUGCCAAGAACCGGUGUUCAUGUGAACGACAUAGUUUAUUGGGUAUUGGAUUAUCAGAUUCUUGUUUUUGACCUGACGAUGGAGCGCGCACAACAACUUUCUGGCAGUUUUUGUGAUACAGGAGGAAUUGGGGCCCUGGGUCUGAUGGAUGGAAAGCUUUGUCUGACAAAGCCUAGUCCUACAGGACUAACUGUGAAAGUGUUGUCUAACGCCUACACGAACACUAUGGGGAUGCACAGCAAUGUCAGGGCAUGGGAAACGAAACAUCAGAUUAGUCUAUCCCCUCCACCAUUCGAUUCAACGACUUAUAACCAUCGAAUGAUGACUAAUUAUAUAUUGUUUGCCUGUGGAAAUGUGGUCUUGUAUCGGAGUGGCGGAAAAUUGCAUGCUUAUGACCUGAAGACUAAAGAAACUCAAUGUUUGGGUGAUGAACUUGAUCAGAAUGCAAGGAUUGUUUCGCAUGUGAACAGUCUUGUGGAGAUCUAGCUUUGCCUCUCUUGUGUCCUACCCUGCCAUUCUGAAACACUGAAGAAAAAAAGGCAUUCGUUGGUUGUAUUAGGUGAUUGUGUUUUUAACUAAUUAGUAAAAAACUGCUUUUCGUUUUCUUUCCCCAUUUGGAGGAGGAGUUGACUGCAAGCAAAAUUGUACUAUGUUUUAUGUUUAAGUAACACUCGUUAUGUUACUUUAUCUAUCGAAUUAAGGGCUCUUUUGGGAA